AUGGCUCGCCGCCCACGACAUCACAGCAGCAACGACGACGACGACGGAACCGCUAGCAAUGCGUCUUUCCGCCUAGACUCGGACGACGCCGCAAGUGUGGGUUUCCAGACGGACAUCACAGAUGUCACAGACUCCGACAUGCCUCUACCCACUCGCCACAGAGGCAAGGGUCGACCCCGUCAGAACCGCUCUAUGCAGAAGUCUUCGGGAAGGAAGUCUCAUGAGAAUAAUAAAGGAUCUCCAUCUCCAAGCCGUGCAAAUACGGACUCAGACUGCAGCUCUAUAGAAGGUGGCAUGGUUGUUGGCGCCAGCCAUGCUCGUCGCCCAGAGAAAAGGUGUUUCCAGGAGAAACGUCAAAAACCGGCUGCGUUGGCAGACGUCGCAAAACGAGACGAGCAUUCAGGCACCAGCUCCAGUGAUGAUAGUUGCGGUGAUAGUGACUCUGCCAGUGACUCUGACACGGACCCCGAUAUUGAUUCGGAUACCGAGGUAUCGUCAGACAGUGAUGAUGACGGUUAUGCAGAGGGCACCAGAAAGAACAUUACACGGAUGGAAGACCGAUGGGAACGGUAUUGCCGAAAGAGAGAGAAGAAGUACAGGGCGUUAGCGCGACCGGACUGCAAGUGGGCUGAUCCAGCGACUGCACUUCGCGAUGCUGGGCAAAAGGAGUUGACUCUGUUCGUCCGUUGGUGCCUGGGACUGCGGCUGGGCAAAAAUGGUCGGAAGCUCAAGGGUAUCAAGAAAUUCAAGGCACUGGAUACGGACUGGAAAUCGUUUCUCCGACACUAUGAAAAGCUCACGGAAGAGCCAAUGGACGAUGCGCUCGGUCGGCGAAUGAGGAAGAGUAUUCGAAAAGUUGCAAGGAAGCAUGGUUUAGAUACAGAUGAGAAAGAAAAGACUCCGAUGUUUAUCGAAGAUGUGGUGCCCCUGCAGGAGACAACCCUGCGCACCAUGGAGAAACGUUUCGAUCUUGGUCUUCAGCGCAUGCAGCAAUGUCUCUACCCUUUAAUGGCCUGCUUUACGGUGAAUCGGAUCAAUGCGAUGCGUCGUCUUCAGUACCAGCAUCUACAGUGUUCGAUCCAACGGGAUCCUCAUGGUGGACCCCCCCGAAUCCUUCUGGAGAUCAAGUAUAAAUUUGCCAAGAAAUACAUGGGUGUGACGCAAGCAAACACCUUCCCCCUCCCCGAGAUUAUCUAUGAUCCAUCAUUGAUGCUGAGCCCUCAUACGUUCCUUCUUGGGAUUCUCUUUCAUGAUAAUGCAUUUCGGGCUCCAGGAAUAAAGUCCAUGGGGGACCUCCGACGCCUGUGGGUGGAAGAUGGCCGCCAGCAGAUGGAGGUCCCAUUAAAACGGGACAAGGCUAAACACUACGUAUUCUGCAAAGUCAAGAGCGUCCGCGGCAAGAUUCAGAUAUAUCGCGAGCAGCCCAUCCCCUCAAGUACCCUAUCUCGACAGCUCAAGGUCUUCGGCGAGAUCGCCGGCUUUAAGUGGUCGUUGUUCACGCAUCGGUUCCGGUACGGUGGGGGCACUAUUCUGAAUGAAAGCGGUCUUGUCAGUGAUGCCCAACAGAACUUGAUCAUGAAGCACGCUGAUAUCCGAACAUUCCUGAACCAUUACCUUCCUCGGCGCAUCGGCACUGAUAUGCAGGCGUUGAUGAGAGGACUCAAGCCAGAUUCAGACAUGAUGAGAGCUGUCACCCGGAUGGGACGAUGGAUUGACCGACGUCGGCCCCGAGAGCUUACUGAUGCGCAGAAGGCCACGGUAGAGCACGAUCCAGAGCUGCAGAAAGCCAUUCGUAAGCGGGAUGCGUUCUCCAAAAAACUUCAGCGCAGUCAGAAAAAGAGUGACCGGAAGCUCGAUAAGCUUGACAAGCUGAAACGGGAUGUCACGAAUACGCGGAAUCGACUCUUGUAUGCGCUCCGCCAACGUGUGCGAGAGGAAUUUGACGAGGAGCAGGCGGUCCUUGAUAUUGAGCGGCAACUGGCGGGCACUGCGAUUCUAGACGAAGAGGCGAAGGAGCAGCUCCAAACUGAAGAGCAACUCCUUCCUCAGCAGAUUCACCUGCUAGGUAAACUCAUGACUUGGCCCACCUCCUUGUCGGUGGAAAUCGAGUGGCAGCGGCGAAAUGAGGCUACCGAAGCCGUUCGACUCUAUUGUGAUGUUCUGGAAGGUGGCCCGCGACGAGGUCGACGGCCGAAGCGGAUUGUUCCGAUUCAAGACACCCGGAUGCCUAGCCCCCCCAGAGAAAUUAUGGCGCCGGCCCAACCCCCUCUUCUUGCCCCGUCGCCCUCACGGCAUGAAAUCGUCUUGCAGGAGGCUGGCGAAGACAUCCGAACUGCCGCGAAGCCCCGAGCAUGCUUUCAAUGCUAUGGAAACCCCGCGGGAUUUGACAAUCGGCGUCUUAUGCAGUACUCCCGCCACAAAGGUCUGUUGCGACACUUCCGAGCCGUGCAUCUCGACGAUCGUUACUGUAACUACUGCAACGAGUCGGUGGACAACGAGAUGUAUUGGCGAAGGCACACCGUAGACAAGCAUCGCUUGAAUGUCAGAUACCUUGGGGACUAUCCUUGUGAUCUCUGA